AUGUUCCUUCGACCAAUAAGUGAACGCCAUUAUCGGAAUCUUGGCGUGACGCAAUUCCGAGAGAGGUCCGACCAAAUUUCGAGGCGCGGCACGUCGUCCAACGACGCACCGCCAACAUCUGGCUUUCGCGGAUCACGCUCUUUUCCUUCGUUCAAAAUAGGCCGCAAGCACAAACCACACCGCCAGCAGCUCAACCAGAGCAAGCCCUGGCGCAAUUCCGAGAAAGGCCGCAGCAAAGGCAAAGGCAGAAGCCGACGCGACAAGAUGGGGCAGGACGAGUCGCAUAUGGUGGACGAGGACACGCCACCGGAGACGCUCGAGAGCCGUACGGUAGAGGCGGUGGCCAAGUUCAUCAAGGACGGGCGUGCCCAGCGCAUCGUCGUCAUGACAGGCGCAGGCAUCAGUACGUCCGCCGGUAUACCUGAUUUUCGGUCGCCAGACACCGGUCUCUAUGCAAACCUCGCACGCCUAAACCUGCCCUACGCGGAAGCUGUUUUCGACAUCAGCUACUUCCGAAACAACCCUCUCCCAUUCUACACGCUCGCGCAGGAGCUGUAUCCGGGCAAUUACCGACCAACCAUUACACACUCAUUCAUACAUCUGCUGCACAAGAAGGGACUGCUGUUGAAGCUAUUCACACAGAACAUAGACUGCUUGGAGCGCGAGGCUGGGGUGCCAGACGAGAUGAUUGUGGAGGCCCAUGGCAGUUUUGCAAGGCAGAGCUGCAUCGAAUGCAAGUCACCAUACCCCGACGACCUCAUGCAGAAAGCGAUUCGCGAAAAGACCGUCCCCAAGUGCCUGCGCGAAACAUGCGGCGGCCUCGUCAAGCCCGAGAUAGUCUUCUUUGGCGAACAACUACCCGCCGAGUUCUUCGCCAACCGAAUGCUGCCCGCCGAGGCCGACCUAUGCAUAGUCAUGGGUACCAGCCUAACCGUUCAACCCUUCGCAUCCUUGCCGCUGUUUUGCCGAGAAGCCACCCCGAGAGUCUUGAUAAACAUGGAUCCAGUGGGCGACCUAGGUUCGAGGGCAGACGAUGUGCUUAUGCUCGAAGAUUGUGACUCUGGCGUGAGGAGGCUGGCAGAGGCCUGCGGAUGGCUGGAAGAAUUGGAGAGCUUGUGGGCUGAGACCGCACCCAAGGGUAAGCCCGAGAAGGAAGAGGCAGCGAAGGAGAAACCGAAGAAGAGUCGCGAUGAGCUACUAGAAGAGGAGGUGGAUAAGCUUACAAAGCAAGUCGAAGAGAGCUUAAGCUUGGGCAAGGCGCAGCAUGAGUGGCUGGCGAACCACGUGGAUAACAAGUUCGCGAGGAUACAAGAGCAGGAGGAGACGCAAGUGUCCGAGACGAAGACAGAGAAGCAAGCGCCCGAGACGAAGGCAGAGGCAACUAAAGAGAACCCAGACGGCGAAGGAUUGCAGCAUGUUUUCCCUUGGCUCAGCAAGAAAGCGUCACUCUGA